CCAGCCAGUCACAUUUGAGGGGCAGGCUACUUUCUGUAGCUGCUAUCUUUAUGUGCAUGAGCUUAGGCCUCUCCCGUCAAUGCGAGGAUGUAUUGUAGUGUUUAUUAGUCGCCCGCUUGCACCAACAAUCUACCUGCAGCGUACAAGACAGCUUUGUGAAUGACAGGAUGUGGAUCCAGGUUCGAACCAUAGAUGGCACACAGACACGAACCAUAGAUGACCUGUCCAGGCUGACAAAGAUCGAGAGUCUAAGGUUGAAGAUCGAAGAGAGCUUCAAUGUGAGCCCUGACAGACAGCGCCUCUUCUACCGGGGCAAACAGCUUGAAGACGGACAUACGCUUUUUGACUACAAUGUAGGGUUGAAUGAUAUCAUACAGCUAUUAAUCCGUUCACAAUCAGAAAAUCCCAAGCCUCUGUCAAAGAAAAAGGAAGCAGAAGGGAAGCUGAAUCAAAAUGCGGCCAAUAAGCACAAGUCAAGGUCUGCUACCGCUUCCAGUCAACCAUCCACUUCUGCUCGAGCCUUCCUUAUAGAUCCAGGCAUUGGCAUUUACAAGAUCAAUGAAUUGGUUGAUGCCCGUGAUGUCAGUAUUGGAGCAUGGUUUGAAGCUCACAUUGAAAAUGUAACAAGGGCCACCAAGGGACAUAAAAAUGGCAAGGCUCAUAUGAAAGGUGGUAAUGCAUAUAAAGGGACUAAUGGAAACCUGAGCCAGGAACACUCAAGAGAAAACUCGCAUCAUUUGGACACCGCCCCUUCCACUUCUUAUUCUGACUCUUUGGACAAUGAUGAAGAUGUCAUUUAUCAUAUCAAAUAUGACGAUUAUCCAGAAAAUGGUGUUAUAGAAAUGCGUUCUUGUAAUCUGCGGCCACGAGCAAGAACUACAUUAAAAUGGAAUGAACUCAAAGUAGGAGAUACGGUUAUGGUUAACUACAACGUAGAAACACCAGAAGAGCGAGGUUUUUGGUUUGAUGCUGAAAUAACCACCUUGAAGGAAGUCUCGAGAACAAACAAGGAGGCUUAUGUCAAGAUAUUAGGUGGUGCAGAAAACGCUAUCAGUGAAAGCAAGGUUAUUUUUCCAGAUGAAAUAUACAAGAUAGAAAAACCAGGAGCUUAUCCACUGUCCUUUGGUGAUGGAGAAUUUAAAAGGAAGAGUGGUCCUGAAUGUAAACACUGCAAGGCAGAUCCAGAUAAAGAAUGCAGGUUCUGUUCUUGUUACCUUUGUGGGGGGAAGCAAGAUGCUCACAUGCAGCUAUUAUGUGAUGAAUGCAAUAUGGCUUACCACAUAUAUUGCCUGAAUCCCCCUUUAUCCAAGAUACCAGAAGAUGAAGACUGGUAUUGUCCUUCCUGUAAAAAUGAUGCCACAGAAGUAGUAAAAGCUGGCGAAAAACUCAAGCAGAGUAAAAAGAAAGCGAAAAUGCCUUCAGCAAGCACUGAGAGCCAGAGAGACUGGGGCAAGGGAAUGGCUUGUGUGGGUCGCACAAAGGAAUGUACCAUUGUACCUUCCAAUCACUAUGGACCCAUCCCUGGUGUUCCUGUUGGUGCAACCUGGAAAUUUAGAGUGCAGGUAAGUGAGGCAGGUGUUCAUCGGCCUCAUGUAGGGGGGAUUCAUGGGCGCAGCAAUGAUGGAGCCUACUCUCUUGUGCUGGCUGGUGGAUUUGAAGAUGAAGUGGAUCGUGGAGAUGAAUUCACAUACACUGGGAGUGGGGGUCGAGAUCUUUCUGGAAAUAAAAGGAUUGGUGAACAUUCCUUCGAUCAAACAUUGACCCAUAUGAACAGGGCCCUGGCCCUAAAUUGUGAUGCGGCCCUGAAUGAUAAAGAUGGAGCAGAAUCCAAGAACUGGAGAGCUGGCAAACCUGUUCGAGUAGUUCGUAGUUCAAAGGGACGCAGGAUCAGCAAGUAUGCCCCAGAAGACGGCAACAGAUAUGAUGGAAUUUAUAAGGUGGUGAAGUACUGGCCAGAAAUAGGAAAGUGCGGAUUUCUAGUAUGGCGAUAUCUCUUGCGGCGAGAUGACAGUGAGCCUGCUCCUUGGACACCAGAAGGCAUGGAGCGUUCAAAGAAACUUGGACUUACACUGCAAUUUCCUGAAGGGUACUUGGAGGCCAUGGCUAACAAAGAAAAGAAAGAUAAGGUCAAGAAACAGACAGGGAAAUCUGAGCCCAGCAGCCCAUCAUCGCCAAUCAACCUGAAUGUGUGGAGUAGUGGAGGGAACCAAAAUAAAUCAAGCAGCCCAGAGUCAUCAAGUGACAGCCAGAAGUCAUACGGCAGUUAUAGCAACGGAAAUCAGAAAAGAACAAUUGAUGAUGCUGCAGAUGUAGACAAGGUUAAUAUUCCAGCCAAGACAAAGAAAAUGUCAGAGGAAGGACGAGGAGAAGCUUUCCAGCUUACUCAGCAGCAGCACUGGUUAAUUAAAGAAGACUCUUUAAAUCAGAAGUUGUGGGAUGAUGUACUUGUAUCUAUCACUGAUGGCCCUAAAUUUCUGAAGCAAGUUGAGCAAUCGUUCAUGUGUAUCUGCUGUCAGGAGUUGGUUUAUCUGCCAGUUACAACAGCUUGCCUCCACAAUGUGUGCAAAAGCUGCUUACAACGUUCCUUCCGUGCCGAAGUCUUCACUUGUCCAGCCUGUCGCUAUGACCUUGGAAAGACUUAUAUCAUGGUUCCCAACAAGGCCCUGCAAACACUGCUCGAUCAGUUCUUCCCUGGCUAUACUAAAGGGCGAUGAUUUAUUUUGCCCCUCGACAUUAUCAAUUUUUGACUUUUUAAAAGCUGGAAAAGGACAACUUAAAUCACAAAACACAAAUGGAAAACAAAACAAAAAAACAACAACACUGGACCAACAGACACCAUGGACAUUAACAACAAAAGAAGCCACAUAUCUCAAGUUCCCAUGUCACUAUGUCUUCAGCUUGACUGUCUACUAAAAUCUAGGGUAGUUAUAUUUACAAAAUGGAGUAGAUUGGAAUAUCAUGUUGGCUUUCAGACCUAAAGUUUAUGCUGUGUUUAUUAUGUUUUAUGAACUACCUCGAGACAGAGAAGAAGAAGAAACAUGGGGACAGGAAAAAUUAAAAAGUGAAUGGGUCAGCUAAUGUUUAACUCAUUGUCACAUGAAUAUUUAGUUUUGUCUGAUUCAGUGCGUUGCAGGACAAUGUCUUGUAGACCCUUCUUGGACUUAAAGGAUCUAUAUACACUGACAGCACUUAGAAACAGGAAAAUGUGUUAAAGUGAUAAUAAACUAGCAUUUUUGAAACGUUAGUCUGCCUUUAAUUAGUAAAAUAAAGGUAUAAUCAUUCAUGCUUUUUAAUUUAACGUGUGCUAAAACGUACCACUCUGUGCCAUACGGCAAGCACAGCUAUUGGAGAGGAGGUGGAAAUGUCACCUUGUGGGGAAAAAAAUUAGGUUUACAGAGGGCGGCCAGAGGGGGUUAUGUUAGAGAGACCUAAAAUAAAGGUACGUUUUAGCGCAUGUUUAAGCAUGAAUGAACGUACCUUUUUUUUUUUUUUUUUUUACUCCUUACAUGCAGAGUAGUGUUUCAAAAACAAUACAGUUUACCAUCACUUUGAGAACAGCAUUUUAAGGUGCAUAACCUUUUUUAUUUCUUCAUACACUUUACUAUGUAUAUUGUUUUGCAAAGCUUAUUUGUAGCUGCUUAUGGUGAGCUUUCUUCUGCAUAUUUCUUACCUUUGCAAGUUGACUACUAAUUACUAAUGUAAACAAUGUGUAUGCACUGUUCAUACAUUAGUUUAAAGUUGCCUAUUAUAUUUUCCCCCAUUUCCUUUUUUUCCACUUAGAAAUAAUGAAGGCACUCUAUUGUAGUUGUGUGAAAGAAAAAAACUUUUCUAUAAACCAAGCCACUUUUGUAUUAGAUUAAAUUCUUUGCUUUGGUAGGGGCCUUGUAUCAGUGGUAAUACAGAUAAUUGCAAAUGGGUGGCAGUAAUAGCUUGGAGAGGGUCUAAAUUGCUUCCUAUUGUGAUCUCAAUUUUUAUACACCAUAUAUUCCCUAAAAUAUACAAUAUUAAAUAUUUUAUGAUUCUGAACAUUGUUUGUUCAUUUGCUGCUAUGUGCUGUGUAGUUGUAGCAAGCUAACUUUUUAUAUAAAUGUGUUUUUUAUCUAAUGGUUACAUUUUAUAUGAAAAUGUCUUUGUUUUGUUAUGUGAGGUGGUGUCUGAAUACCAGUAUAAAGUAGCUUCAAUAUCUU